UGCUCGAGACGAACAGGGCAACGCAUGGACCUCGAAAUGGGCUGCGAACCCCUCUACUAUGCGGAGAUGUUGGUUGUUUUUUGUGAUUGUAUUUUGGUCAGCAGCAUGUGCCAUCGAGAACUCCGUUGAGGAACUGCACAGUGAGUUGGCAGCUCUGCGGUCUGAAAUUCAGAGCUUGAAGCUGCAGGAGGCACAGCUGAAUGAGCCGCGCCAUUUGGCUGCGAACUCCUCCAUUACUCCAUCCUUUCUGCUGGCAGAGGUGGAAGGCCUCAAGCAGCACAACUUCGAUGUCCAAGAGUCGAUGGAUACACUUUGGCUUUGCGUGUGUGGGUUCGUGGCAUCUCUGAUGCAUGCAGGAUUCGCUAUGUUGGAGACAGGCGCCUGCAGAGCACGGAGUGCCUCGAGCGUUCUCCUGAAGAACGUCAUGAACAUGUGUGUGGGGAGUGUGGGCUGGUGGCUCUGUGGUUGGGCGCUAGCCUACGGCGAUCAGAUCUAUGGAUUUAUAGGCACUUCUGGCUUUGCGACGUCGAAUUUUUUGCAGAGCUCCGGGAGUUUAAUUCAGCCUGCCAAGAUCUGCGAAGAACCCAACUGUGUCAGUAAGAUGGUCAUGUGGUUUUACCAAUGGAUUUUUUGCACUACUUGCGUGAGCAUCGUGAGUGGUGGUGUAGCUGAGCGAGCAAGAACGGCUUCCUACCUUUGUUACUCCUUCGCGAUGUCUGCCUUGAUUUAUCCAGGUGUUGUUGCCUGGACCUGGGGUGGUGGUUGGCUGUCAAGUUUCUUGGGCGUGGGCUUCACAGACUUUGCUGGCAGCGCAGUUGUGCAUCUGACAGGAGGCAUGGGUGCUCUGACCGGCGCUAUCAUGCUGGGACCUCGACGUGGCCGCUUCGAAGAUCCUGCAGCUUUCGAGGCUCACAGUCUGCCCCUGGUUGUUAUGGGCACCUUGAUCCUAUGGUUCGGCUGGUUCGGCUUCAAUGCGGGCUCCACGCUGUCUUUGCACGAUGCCUCCACAGCGGCCUUGGCAGCCCAGGUGGCAGUGAACACCGUGAUGUCUGGUGCAGUUGGCGGCGUAACGGUCUUUUUUCUACGUCUUCUUCAAGCGGGCAGGUAUGACGUUUCUGGAUUGUGCAAUGGCAUUCUGGCAGGUCUCGUUUCGAUCACCGCUGGCUGUGCCAAUAUGACCAGUUUUAGUGCUGUUUGCGUGGGCGCUUUGGGCGGUGGUGUGUAUUGCAUAUUUUCCUCGCUUCUGGUCAAGCUUCAAAUCGAUGAUCCUGUAGAUGCCAGCGCAGUGCAUGGAGCCUGUGGAGUUUGGGGCACCAUGGCGGCGGUUCUUUUCGAUUGGGGUGUCCCGCAGGGGCACUUCCACGGCCUGAGAGGCUGGACUUGCGCGUCGGCACCAAAUUGCGAGAAGGGCAUACUUGGCAGUGCACUUCUGGCGCAGCUUAUCACAGUGGUCGCAAUACUUGGUUGGGUGCUCUCCCUCUCUCUGAUUAUUCUGAUCUCCGCAUCUUUGGCUGGUCAAAUUCGUGUUGAGCAGCGCACGGAAGAGGCUGGCGUCGACCAUACUGAACAUGCCCAAGUAGCCUACGACUUGGACGGAAAGUGAUUCCUGCGUUUUGGACUGCCAUCGAAGAUGUCAGUCCACAGGGUUUUCCUGCAUGGCAUCGAAGAUGCAGCAUGCAGUUUCCGCCGUCAAAGCACCUCCCUGCAGCACAGG